UAAGUGUGGUAUAUUCUCUGCACUCGGUGUAAGGUAUAUUUUGAAAUUACUGCUGCGGUCACACUGUUGCUCACAUAACCUGCUGCGGCGUUUGCCCCAUUGAAAAACACAAAACCAAGUAAAAAAUGCAAAUCACACGAAUUGUUCUACGUCAGCUGAGGCGCUCCAUCAAUGUGCAACGCCAAUACAGCGCUGCUGCCCCCGCAGCGACAGCGGCUGCAACUGAGAAACUCGUGCCUCCGGUGCCAGAGGGUGCUCCAAAGCCGCCAAAUGUCAAACUGGAUAGUAUUGUGAACAACAUUGCGGCAUUGAAUCUGCUCGAAGUGGCCGAGCUGAGCACGCUGCUCAAACAGAAACUCAAUCUGCCAGAGACCGCAUUUGCACCACAAAUCGCCGUUGGCGGCCCAGUGCGUGCUGCUGCCGAAGACGAGGAGGAGGCGGCGCCCAAGAAGGUGCAGACAUCGUUCAAGGUGAAGAUGGUGAAGUUCGAUGAGAAGCAGAAGGUGGCGCUCAUCAAAGAGGUGAAAAAUCUGCUCGAGGGCAUGAAUCUGGUGCAGGCGAAGAAGUUUGUUGAGAGUGCACCGACUGUGGUCAAGGAGGACAUACCAAAGGAUGAGGCCGAGAAGUUAAAGGAAGCACUGACCAAGGCGGGCGCUGUCAUUGAAAUUGAAUAAGCGCUAAUGCUUAGUAGCUAGUUAUUUUGUUAUAAUAAAAAGUAAACUGUCAACCAACAGAAAACAAGAAUGUCAAAAUAUUAGAGCAGUAGAGCUAAAUUUAGCUGUUGCACAUUAACUUCGACUAUUUUGAAAACACAAUCCACUUAGCACCA